UCUAUUGUGAAGCAGUUCAGUUGCUGUGAGCGACUGUAAAGGGUUUAAUCUGGGCAGGAAACGGGUCUGUCCCGGGUCUCAAACGGAUUCUGUCCAUCAACUGAAGGACAGUUUCCUGGUGCAGUGCUGCCAAAUAUCCUGCAGAGGGCAGUAUUGAUCGACUGGUUUUGAUGAAGGCAGAAAGUAUGUGAAGGCAGCAGCAUGGAUCAGUGGGAGGACAAGAGAGUUCCUCUGCUCCGGGAACAGAAGAGAGGACGAGGAGUUCAGAGCAUUCAGCUUCAAACACGUGAUGAUGUGACGUCUGAGGACCCUGAUGACUUCAGGGAAGUGAUGACCUCCGGGAUUGACAAAGAUAUUGAGGUAAAGAGGUGGUUGAAGCGCACUUUGGAGAAUUUGGGCUCCAAGGGGCUGGAGGAAUUCCAGUGGUACCUGGUGAAUGCAGAUGAAUCAGAAGAUGGUUUCAAACCGAUCCCACUGUGUCGUCUGGAGCAUGCGGGCAGAUUGGACACAGUAGAUCUGAUGGUGCAGAGAUUCUCCUCAAAGACCAGAGAGGUGGCCAAGACGGUUUUAAAGAAUAUGAAAAGUGAUAAAGCAGAAAAAUCCUUGCCGGAACCUUUUUUCCAGGAAGAUCCAAACUUUCCAGCUGGUGCAACAGGUACCUUCGAUGUGGGUCUCUGUGGAAAUGAGAAGAAGCAACCAAGAAAUAUUUCUGAAGAAAACAAAAAGACACAAAGAGAAGAGUUUGAAGACAUACUCAGCAGACUUCACCUUCUGGACAGAUAUCAACACAAGUUUUCACCAGCAGAUCUUGCUAAAAUAUGUCCAUCUGUGAAACAGAGCAAUGACACAUGUGAGAAAGAUCUGGCCCAAACUUUCCUUCAGAAGUUGAUGAUGUUAGAUUACAGAGCCAGAUACAUCUCUGUACGGAAAAACAGUUCUAAGGUGAACCGGUCCGAGUCUCUUCAGGUUUCUGACAGUGAUGAUACAGAUGACAGUGACUUAGAUGCUUUGUUUAGCACCGUUGUCAUAGAUCAGUCAAAACAGUCUCAUGUACAUCCAAUGGAUGUUCAGAUGGCAGUAUUUCACUGUUCGGACAGCUUCCUUAGGCAGAACAUGAUCACAAAGUUGUCUCAGUGCCAGUACGCUCUACCUUUACUUGUUCCUGACCCUGCUGGAUCAGAUAUUGAGUGUCCCCUGUGGGCCUUCAGACAAAUAAAUAAAACAUGGAAGAUCAGAGAUGAUUCAAACACUGUCAUCAUGAAGAGCAUGCCAAUCUGCAAAGCCAACAUUCCCAUGGUGACAUUUCUCCGUCUGGGUUCAUUGUCUCAGUCUAAAUCUCAGCUCAUGAACAGGCUAAUCAAUGAACGUCACAACAUGUUCUUCCAUCGAAACUGUCCAGGCAGCACCAAAACUCGUCAUCUGAUGGACGGUGUAGCAGAGAUUGCUUGGUACUGUCCUGCUGGAAGACCAGAUGAUUCCUUCACAGACUGCAUUGCUUUCUGUAAUCUUCAUGGAGAUUCUCUAUCGAUUGACAAACAACGUAAAAUACUGAUCAAAAUAUCUUCAGUUAUUGUUGUUCUUGUGCCAAAUCUGAAAAAAAAACAAGAAAGUAGUGCAGUCAUGUCGACUCUUUACAAGUCUGAAAAACCUCUAGUUGUCCUUGUUGCUGAUGAUGACUUUAAUGCAACUGAGAUGAAACCACAAAAAUACAAACUGGGCCUGAAAGACAGAAACCAGUCUGAUGUUUGUGAAGAGCUGAAACAGAUUAUUGGAAAGGUUCUGUCUGGACUUCAUACAUCCUUCCAGCUUGAAUCAAUAGCUGAGGUCUCUGGAGUCAGAGUGGAUGAAAAUGACCCAGUCUGCCAAGAAGGGAAAUCUGCUGCCAUGGAAAUAUCAAAGCUGAUUCAGGGGAUGGAUGUUUCCUGGAUCAAACAUUAUCUUCUUCCAUGUCAAGGCCAGCUUUGGCAUGAGUGGUCCAGAAUAAACAAAGAACUGUAUCACAAAGGAACCACUGAGGAAGAAAAGAGCCAGAAGGAAAAGCGUCUGAUGAAGCUGCGGGAGGAACAACGUGCUGUUUCCUGUAGAAAACUGAUGAAACCAAUCACUAAAAGCCUCAUGGGUUUGGCACCAGAAGUCAACGCUUUUUACCUUAAAUGGACUCAGAUCCAAUUAGAUGCCCUUUCCACAGAUGAUCUAUCUUUAAUUCUCCAAGAAUAUGAUCAAAAGUGGUCCGAGGUCCUGGCUUUAAAAAACAAGCAUGACAAGUCUGCUUUGUUAAAGGAAAAGCAAACUGAGCUUGAACAGUUGUCAAAAAAGCUUCAAUCAGCAACGUUUGGUUUGGAGCACAUCUUCAGAGAGAUGGGACAGAUCUAUGAAGCCCACGCAUCUCAGGAGAAACAAACACGGAGGUCAAAGACUGAGUGGGAUAAAUACCCUGCACUGGCGGCAGAUCUGAUGAUAUCAGGACACCCGAUGGAGCUGAUGGAUGGAGAUGCAGGUCACGUGCCUUUAACGUGGAUCUCUAGUGUUUUACAAGAAGUCAUCUACAAACUGGGAGACCAGAGAGUUUUCGUCUUGUCAGUUUUGGGGGUACAAAGCAGUGGAAAGUCAACAAUGCUGAAUGCCAUGUUUGGGUUGCAGUUUGCAGUGAGUGCUUGCAGGGGCACCAGGGGUGCCCACAUGCAGCUGGUCAGACUGUCAGAGGAAAUCAAGGAAGACUUCAAGUUUGACUACAUUCUAGUUGUGUACACUGAAGGACUUCGUGCUCCUGAGCUGGAAGGUUACACAUCUCUUAAACACGACAAUGAACUGGCAGCGUUUGUUGUUGGUCUGGGAAACUUGACACUGAUCAACAUCUUUGGUGAGAAUCCAGCUGAGAUGCAAGAUGUCCUGCAGAUUGUUGUUCAGGCUUUCAUGAGGAUGAAGAAAGUGAACCUUUCUCCAAGUUGUGUGUUUGUUCACCAGAAUGUUACAAGUAUUGCAGCUGCAGAGAAAAACAUGGACGGAAGGAGACGGUUGCAAGAAAAACUGGACAAGAUGGUUCAACUAGCUGCCAAAGAGGAAGUGUGUGAUGCUGAGUGCUUCAACGAUGUCAUUGAAUUUGAUAUUCAAAAAGAUGUGACAUACUUUGCCCAGCUGUGGGAGGGAAGUCCACCAAUGGCUCCUGUAAAUCCAGGUUACAGUGAGAGUGUCCAAGAACUGAAGAACCUCAUCCUGUCCAAAGCUUCAGCGUCUGCUGGGAUCACUCUCUCACGUUUCAGCAGCAAAGUCAAGGACCUGUGGACCGCCCUGAUGAACGAACACUUUGUGUUUUAUUUCAAAAAUACACUAGAAAUUGCAGCAUACAGAAGACUUGAGGUCCAGUAUGGGAACUGGACCUGGGACCUGAGGACCGAGAUGCUCACCAUUGAGAAUCAGAUUUAUCCCAAAAUUAAAAAGGGACAAAUAGACAAGGUUGAACUCAGUUAUCUUUCUAAAGAAAUGAGCAAAAGAUUUGGUGAAAUAACAAAAAACAUGGCUGUCUUCUUUGACAACGAUACAGACAAAGAAAUCUUGGCUCAGUGGCGAGUCGGAUUUGAAAUCAAAAUAAAGGAGUUUCAUGACGAGCAUGUGAGUGGAGUCAAAAGAAAACUGGAUGAAGUUAUCCAGCAGAAUAAAACUCGGAAGAAUCUUGAUGAGAAAACAAGAGAAUAUGAGAGCAAGCUGCUGCAGAAGAGCAGAGAGCUCGCUCACUGGUUGAAAGACAAGGCAAGAGAUGAAAAAGAACUGAAACAACAGUUUGACUCAGUUUGGGGAGGCUGGGUAACUGAAUUUACUAAAGGUACAAAACCCAUUGAGGACAUCAACUUGGAAGAAGAUCCGAAACAUGUUCUUCUGGAUCUUGGAUUUGAAUGGUCCAUCAUUGAUGAGUCAAAAAAGAGUGGGAGAUAUAAAAAGCUGUCAGAAGCUAUGAAUUACUGUGAUUACAUAACCCACAAGAAAUCCCAAAGGACAAAAACACCCAGUUUUUACCCAAGCCAAGUAAACAUGUAUACAAAGUUUUGGAAUGUCUUCCCAACAGAACCAAAAGUAGGGUUUGAAGAACAGCAACUGAUCAGAUAUCUCGUUAAUGAUGUUGAACAGAAGUCCCUGGAGUACAUUCAGAGUAAGCCUGUAGCAACUCAAGGCUAUAGUUCAGCUUAUCUGCACAAAAUGGCUCAUUCUGUUAAACAGGCAGUCACAGAAUUUAAUGCAGAGAAGAAAUUUUCACUUCAGAAGGAGUUUACAGUGGAUCUGUCUCUGUAUGUCUUUGACAAGGCAGAAAGCUGGAUUUUAAAAUCCCAUAAGGCAUACAAAGAGAAAAAUGAUGCUCUGACCUAUUUGGACACCAAGAAAAAUGGAUAUUACAACAUUUUCAGGAGCUACUGCAGAGGAAACCCAUCUGCUGUGGUGUUUGCUGAACUGAUCUGUGAAAGACUGAAGGUUUCUGCUGUUGAGGCCGUCUGUAACACGACUAACAUCCAUCUUGCUGGCGAUAUGAGAUAUAACUUCCCAGCAUUCAAUGGAAACAGGCUGACCCUGGAGAAAUAUGUGUUGAAGUCACUAGCAGAGAAAGAAGACUUCAGUAAGUUCAUCACCUACAUCACAAAUGCAAGGAAACAAGUGGAGGAAUUCAUAAAAGAAGAAGUAAAGAAAUACAUCUUCAUAGAGCACAAAGAUGAAUCCCUGAAAAAACUCCAGAAGAAUGUGGAUGACAUUGAUAAACUUGUCAGUCAAGCUUCAUUUGAAGCAACAUACCAAGUCAAGACCAAGAAAGGAGACAUAGAAAUGUGGGUGGAGGAAUUUUCCGGAUUACUGGGCAAUACACUGACACUUGAUACCAUCAGUUGUCAAAACUUCAGUGACAUAAACAAUUUUGACUUUCUUAAAGAAGAGAUUGAGCGAGGUCUUAAAUCCAUCAAGGAGAUGAAGCGCCUCUCUCUGGACGACGUGACAAAGUUCAGACUGAAACCUGAUGAAAUCCUCAUUGAACAGCUGUGUAACGGCUGCUGGGAACGUUGUCCCUUCUGUGGAACUGUUUGCACCAACACAGUCGCAGACCACAUUAGGGACAAAGAAAAGGACAAACAUAGUGCACUUUUUCAUCAACCAAGUGGAGUUCAGGGCCAACAUAUAAAAGGCACAGUGGAUCUGGUCAUUGAUUUCUGCACCACUUUAGUGGUGAGUGACGGAAGUUUCUACCCCAGUCAUGAUUCAGAAGAGACUGUUCCUUAUAAACGGUAUCAAACUGCAGGGGGGAAGUAUGCAUCAUGGAGGAUUACUGCUGAUGAAUCCAAGCUGGCCUACUGGAAAUGGUUUGUGUGUCGCUUUCAGGAGGACCUGGAAGAUCACUAUAAGAUGAAAUUCCAGGGUCAUGGAGAAAUUCCUUGUGAAUGGAGGAACUGCAGUAAAGAGGAAGCUAUUGAAAGUCUUGAUGAAAUGUUCAGAUUGUGAGGAAACUGCACGUGUGAUUAAAAAAGAAGAAAAUGGAUCUAAUUCAAGCCUUUCACCUUUAAACUUCUUAGAUCUGUCUGCUUAGACUGAAUAAUCACAAAUACUUAAGAUGAAGCAUCUCCAAAGAAAACAGCAGUUAUUUACUUACAGGAAAAUCAAUGUUAGCCAUGACUUUUUUUCUUUAUCCUGUUUUGUCUUUUAACUUUAUUUCAAAAUGAAAAUGUGAUCAAGCAUGGCAUUUAGAUUGUAGGUUUGUUGUGGAUGGAAAUAAAUAAUGAAAUAAUGAAAUACUUAACAAAUGUUGAAAAUGUCUCUGAAUUACUUUAUUUGACAGAAAUCAUAUCAGCUAAAAUAACUGUCAGAUUUUACGUCAUGUUUCUAGUUGCAUCUGUCUGAUGACAUGAAUUCAGAAAAGAUCACAUUUAUUUGAAUUGAUGGUUAUUAUCAGCGUAAUUAAAGAAAACGUGAUUGAGCUGCAACAAGUUUUUUUCAUGUUUAUAAAUUUUCCAUGUUUCCAGUUUGUAUUUUUGUUUUUAAACACAUUUUCCAACUGAGUUUUAACAUUUGGAUAUUAAAAAAUGAUUAAUGUUCUCAAGUUAUUGUUAUAUUCAGUUAUCCAGUUGUUCCUUUAAAAUGUUAUAUUUCCUUUGUCUCAUUAAACUCUUAUGAACAUCCAAAGAAAUGUGAAUCUUUGUUUAAAUACACAAACUGUGAAAAGAAUAUUUGACAAACACUUUAUAAUCAGAAUACAGCAUCAAGUCAGGAACUGGGAUAUUGAUCUGAUCAGAUUCAGCUGGUUUGGUGAUAUCAAAGAGGGACUGGUUUCACAGCUGGAGAUGACCCACAGUUUUUAAUCAAUUCAUUUCUGUAUAUCCUUGACGUCAAAUAAAACCCUUC